UCCACUGCAGCCUGAGCAGUUGUGGAAACAACUUUGGAAGAAAUGAUAUGGUUUAAAUACAACUCAUCUUUUACAAAUAUCUCCAUUUUUAGAUUGAGGAAAAGGGUCUAAAGACUAAGGUGUGAUUUAAUUUUCUUCACAGCUUUUUGUUUACUUGUAGUGCAUCAGCAAAUUGUGACAGCAAAAAUGAAACUUUUACCAUCAUCAUGAUAUUAUUUUUGGGAAAUAGUGAAUUCCACAAUGGACUGUAAAGCUCUUCUGGCGGUUACAGUCUGUUGUGUCUCUUGGACCUCUGCAAAGUACCACCCCCAUAAUCAAGAGAAGGACAAAGAGCUUAAAUACCUAUUGGAACCAAUGGUGUAUGCUGAGGUCACUGCUCAUCGUGGACAUACAGUCAUUUUGCCCUGUGUGAUGAGGUUCAAACCACCACACUACAAACUGAAUCUCAGUCGAGGAGUGGAAAAUAUAGUGCUCAUCAUGAAUGGACACGUAGAUAAGCAGUACGGUGCACUCGGACCUCGAGCUUCUCUUCAACGUGCACACGACCUGGAUGUUUCCCUCCGCUUUACCAACCUGCAGCUGAUGGAAGAUGAAGGCAGCUAUCGCUGCGAACUGAUAAAUGGAAUUGAGGAUGAAUGUGUCAUCAUUACUCUGAGGAUUGAAGGGGUUUUAUUUCCUUAUCAAAGCCACCACGGUUGGUACAGAUUUACUUUCUUUGAUGCUAAAGUGGCUUGUGCUGAGCAGGAUGCAACACUUGCCAACUACAAGCAGCUCUAUCGGGCGUGGACUGAAGGGUUGGACUGGUGUAAUGCUGGAUGGCUGAGAGAUGGAACUGUCAAUUACCCAAUCCUUCACCCAUGGCCGGCCUGUGGGGGGGAUCUCCUACCAGGCAUCUGAAGUUAUGGGCGUGACAGAACACGGGAACAAUAUGAUGCUUUCUGCUUCACCUCUAGCACCAAGGGCUCCGUGUUCUACAUUCCAGGGCCACUGAAUUUUGUUGAGGCAGAACAUGCCUGCAGACAUGAGAUUGCUGAUUUAGUGAGAGUCGGUCAGUUCUACUCCUCCUGGAAGUUUCUGGGGCUGGACCACUGUGACAGAGUCUGGCUGAAGGAUGGCAGCGUAUGAUUUCCCAUCAUCAACCCGAGGGAACGUUGUGGAGGGGCUACAGAACCAGGGGUUCAUAGCUUUGGUUACCCCAGCAAAAGUUUGCGUAUAAUCUAUGGGGCUUAUUGCUACAGGUAA